AUCCUCACUUUCAGAAGGGAUUUGCUACAAGAAAGAGGCGAAUAACUGCUCUGCUUCGAUGGAUCUUUAUGCCUUUUUGAUUGUUUUUAUCUUUGGUGAUUAGCUAAAAGCUGUUUAGUAAAUGUGAACAAAUAUUUGUGGGUUCCAAACUCCAGAGAAGGAACAUAAAAAAAAAACCAAAGUUACAAAGCUUAAGCUUGUUGUUUGUAAUGUAAGAAAUAAUUUAGCUUUUGGGGGAGUAAGAGAAAAUCUUCCCAUCAUGGGUCAGCGCUUGAGCGAGGAAAGUGACCCCGACAAGGAAAUCGAUGUGGCAGAGCUGCAGGAAUGGUACAAGAAAUUUGUUGUGGAAUGUCCGAGUGGAACACUAUUCAUGCACGAGUUUAAGGGUUUUUUUGGGGUCACUGAUAACAAGGAGGCUGCAGAUUACAUCGAGAACAUGUUUCGAGCCUUCGACAAGAACGGAGACAACACCAUAGAUUUUCUUGAGUAUGUAGCAGCUUUGAACUUAGUUCUCAGAGGGAAGCUGGAACACAAGCUUAAAUGGACAUUCAAAAUGUACGAUAAAGAUGGGAGUGGAUGCAUUGACAAAACAGAACUUCUUGAAAUUGUUGAGUCUAUUUAUCGGCUAAAGAAAGCCUGCCAUGGAGAGCUGGAUGAAGAAUGUAAUCUGCUUACACCAGACCAGGUUGUUGACCGUAUAUUUGAGCUGGUCGAUGAAAAUGGAGAUGGUGAGCUCUCUCUGGAUGAGUUUAUUGAUGGAGCACGCAGGGAUAAAUGGGUGAUGAAGAUGCUGCAGAUGGAUGUGAACCCUGGCGACUGGAUCAAUGAGCGAAGACGCAGUGCUAACUUCUAAGGCUGGAAAUCCUAAUGAACUCAUACAUAACCACAAAGAUUUUGUAUAUAAAUGUUUAUAAAAGACAUAAAUAAAUGAUGUCCAGAAGUUAGACAUAUAUGUUCUUGUUGCUUAUAAAGCAUUUAGUUACAGAUUCAAUGAAACAGUGACACACUGAAGAACAGUGUAAAUAAUUACUGCCUAUCUUAUUAUAGGUUUGUUUUACAGUCAUGAACACAUACUCUAUGUUCUGUUGAUUGUGUCAUGAAUCAAGAAUAAAUGUUGUUCAAUAAAAAAGUUUAAAGAUGA